UAGAAAAUAUUUCUAGGGCCAAUCUAAACGCACCAGGGCCACCGCCCGUCUCUGCUGCAGUACAUGACGUCAGUGCUGCAGACUACCAGAAACUGUUCAACAAGCACCAUGUAUAGCCUACUGUAGAAUGUAAAAUAAAUCUUUCUGGUUUUGAAAGAGAACUUGAACUGACUGACUCGGUGUCAUAGCUAUAGCGCUUUUAUUUCAUUUUUAAAGUGUAGCCUACAUAAAAUGCGCUCUAUAAAGUAAUAAUUAUUUCAAAUGAUCCCCAGAGAUUGUUCAUAAAUCAACGGCGUGCAGAAAGCCUGAAUGAAACAAGUGUAGCCUAGUAGGUCACAUACCCUGACGCUCUGUCGCGCUAUAAAAGCGGUUCGACUCGAGGAUUGCGCGAAGUUACUACAUCGACUCUUCGCCGUCGACAACAGUAACGCAGUACAGCAAAAUAUUGUUUCCAGGUUAUUCCAAAGUAUACGAAAAUGCGUGAGUGUAUUUCCAUUCAUGUGGGUCAAGCCGGUGUCCAGAUUGGCAACGCCUGCUGGGAACUUUACUGCCUUGAGCAUGGGAUUCAGCCGGAUGGACAGAUGCCCAGUGAUAAGACCAUUGGUGGAGGGGAUGACUCCUUCAACACUUUUUUCAGUGAGACAGGAGCUGGCAAGCAUGUUCCCAGGGCCGUGUUUGUAGAUCUGGAACCCACUGUGAUUGAUGAGGUUCGCACCGGAACUUACCGUCAGCUUUUCCACCCUGAGCAGCUGAUCACCGGAAAGGAGGAUGCAGCUAACAACUACGCUCGUGGCCAUUACACUAUUGGCAAAGAGAUCAUUGAUCUGGUUCUUGACAGGGUUCGCAAACUGACUUUUUUAGCAACUUAUGCUCCUGUGAUCUCUGCUGAGAAAGCUUACCAUGAGCAGCUCUCAGUGUCUGAGAUCACUAAUGCUUGCUUUGAGCCAUCUAAUCAGAUGGUCAAAUGUGACCCACGUCACGGCAAGUACAUGGCUUGCUGUCUGUUAUACCGUGGUGAUGUUGUACCUAAAGAUGUAAAUGCUGCCAUUGCCACCAUAAAGACCAAGCGCUCCAUCCAGUUUGUGGACUGGUGUCCAACUGGUUUCAAGGUCGGUAUCAACUACCAGCCCCCUACCGUUGUACCUGGAGGUGAUUUGGCUAAGGUGCAGCGAGCAGUGUGCAUGCUAAGCAACACCACUGCUAUUGCGGAGGCUUGGGCCAGGCUUGAUCAUAAGUUUGAUCUGAUGUACGCUAAGCGUGCCUUUGUGCACUGGUACGUAGGUGAAGGUAUGGAGGAGGGAGAGUUCUCUGAGGCUAGAGAAGACAUGGCAGCCCUGGAGAAAGAUUAUGAGGAGGUGGGUGUAGAUUCAGUCGAGGGAGAAGGAGAAGAGGAGGGAGAGGAGUAUUAAGAUAAUUUUUUCUUCUCCAGGUCAGUUACAGCUUUGCAUCAUUAAUCAGUUUUAGUCAGAAAUGUAAAUGAAAUGAGGCGUUAAAGGUGACAAAUGACAUGUCAAGUGAGUAUUCAGCUUGUAAAGAAUAUGUAGAAAACAUUUGUUCUUUAGAUCAUGUCAAUCACAUAUUUAAUGCUGUAGGCAACUGAGAUUGAGACAUAUUUUGUGAUUCCUCCAAUUAGUGUGUGUAGAUCACAUUGAGAGGCACUGACCUUACUGACGUCUGCAAUAAAGUGAUCAUUUCAAGACACGAGUUGCGUAUGUU